AUGCUGUGCGCAGGCGAUGCACGAAAAUGGGGUCAAUCCCCGAUCGACAUCGACGAACAGAAUGCGGUUCCUAUUAAGUUCCCUGCGCUUAUCAUGAGUGGCCACUGGAGUAACGAUGGCAAGGCGAAAAUGCAAAACACCGGUAAAACAGUUGAAAUAACGCUACAAGGAAAGAAAGCCCCGGCGACGAUUCACGGUGGCCCGUUGGCGACUGACGUGUACGAGCUGUCGGAAGUCGUGUUUCGAUGGAGCUCGUCGAGUUGCAAAGGUGCGGAACAUACCUUGAACGGCACUUGGUUCACAAUGGAGGCACAAGCGAUACAUUUUAACAAACGAUACGAGACUAUCGAGAAUUGUUUCAAUAAAAAUGACGGACUCGCCAUAUGCUCGUACUUUCUGCAGGCUUAUCAGGUGCCAGCUUGGGACGAACACCCGUCCUUUUCCAAGAUCACAGAUGAUUUACAUAAAAUCACUCAGUGCGACUCGUGGACGAGAUUACCUCCAAACUGUUUAUGCUGGAUGAAACAAGCUUGUCAAACGCCUGGUUACUACACUUAUUUAGGAUCGACCACGACUUGUCCAUUUCACGAAUGCGUCACUUGGAUCGUUUUCCCAGAACCAGUUCGGAUCUCGGAAAAUCAGGCGCAAAUGUUUCGGAUGUUAUGCAGCAAACAAGGCACGUGCAUAAAAGACAAUUAUCGAGAAGUACAGAAGUUAAACGGACGCGUGGUUUAUUACGUCAAUUAAUCUGUGUUCAUCUAGAUUUUCGAAAAUCGAAAUUCACGUACUCGACAUUAUUGUACCCUGUCAUUAAUCGAUUGUACGCGUGUGUGUAAUAAAAAUCUAAUAAUGUAUGUAUGUAUGUACUUGUGACAUCCAAAUAUAUCAAUGAAUCAA